AAGCAACCAAGCUAGAGGCAGCGGAGUCGUGGAAGAAUAUCUCGAAAUGGCUCGUGUGGCUUCACCUUCGUUCGCUCUCCAUAGAUUCCGGCCGUACUUUCAAGCCUCUGAUUCACCCUUCCUCUUGAAAGCUCCAUCUCCCUCCGACCAACGUAAAACCCGCAAAUUCCCAAUUAUCGCCUGCCAGACCAAUCCGCCUCCCACCGAAAAUCAAGCGAUCUCCAAGGAAAAGUUGCUUGUUGAGCCUGAUUCAGCCAACAAUAACACCAGCCAAGUUACAAGUUCAUCUCUUGAUGAUGGAUUUCCUGAAUUUCCAAACAAAAAUAUUAAUAGACAGAUAGCAAUAGUUUCUACUCUUGCAGCAGUGGGGCUUUUCUUAUCAGCUCGGCUCGAUUUUGGUAUUUCUUUGAAGGAUUUAUCUGCAGCAGCAAUUCCAUAUGAAGAGGCCCUUUCAAACGGGAAGCCUACAGUGGUAGAAUUCUAUGCAGACUGGUGUGAAGUAUGUCGUGAGUUAGCACCAGAUAUCUACAAAGUUGAGCAGCAGUACAAGGAUCGUGUUAAUUUUGUUAUGUUGAAUGUUGACAACACAAAGUGGGAACAGGAGCUUGAUGAGUUUGGUGUUGAGGGCAUACCACACUUUGCAUUCUUGGACAAAGAUGGUAACGAGGAGGGAAAUGUUGUUGGCAGGUUCCCAAAGCAGUAUUUCCUUGACAAUGUGGAUGCUCUUGCACGUGGGGAGGCAUCAGUUCCACAUGCUCGUGUAGUAGGACAGUAUUCAAGUGCUGAAUCCCGAAAGGUGCACCAAGUGGUUGAUCCCAGAAGUCAUGGAUAGAUUCCUCCUUUCUUUUGAGAAUUGACCCAUAAUUCUUUAGUUGAAAUACACAUACCAGAUACUGUUGUGUUGUGGAAACAAAACCCACCACUGUUACCGAAGAACCUUUGUUAAUUAAUGCUGUUCGACGGGUUUGAUGUUGAAAGACCACCAGUUUGGCUUAUGAGGCAAGCAAGGAGCUACAUGAAGGCAGUUUUUGUUGUUUGGCAUUCCAUUAUUUAUGUUCUAAUUUGUACUGUAUUAAGUAAUGGGAUUGGGCAUGUUUAAAUUUGUAUUGUAUAUUCUAUUGUAUUAAACAAAUAUGUGAUUGGAGAAAGGUUUCAUUUGUCAGAGCUUCAGACAGGUUUUGUUCAUACAAAACCUUAUCUAAAAACAUAAAUUUAUAAUUUUUUA